GACGUUUGUGGGCAUGUCGCGUGCGCUAAUGGCAGUUGCGCCGUCCGGUCGUUUUGUGUAUGUUGUUAUGAGUAUGGCAGCGGAUACUUACAGAGGACGGCAAGUUGUUAGAAAUGUUCAGUUCAACUGAAGAAAGCUUUAAUUCAAACUUUUUUGUGAUCGAUAGUGUUUCGACUGACAUUUAUAACAUCAACGCAACACAUGUUUUUUUUUCUUCUUCUUGGGACUCUUCAGAAGAUUACUGGACAGGUGAUGCUGCAGUCAAACAUGUCUCCGUUUUCCGAGUUAGCUCUGUCAGUCAGCUAACUACCUAGUCUUUCCUAUGUAACUCUUUCCGACUCGGCUAACGUGAACUUUUGCAAUGAGGCCAGUUUAUUGCCUACUUGUUUUGAGUUGUUUGUCAAAAAUAACACAAGUUUACCUGAAGUAACACAACCGUUCCAGAGCUAGUUGAUCACGACUAUUCACCCGAAGAGGCCCGACUACUAUUCCAGCUAAAUGACAAGUUCUUAGCGCGUUAGCUUAACUAGCCAUGUAGCUAGCUACUUUUUAUAACUAACAGUGUUAUUACACUAGGCCUGUCCAGCUCUACUUACCUCUACCAUACUCGUUUUAAGGCGUGUCUUUGAACCGGUUUGGAACAUUAUGCUUCACGAUUAGAAGGAUUUGUUGCUGUUUGGGGCCUUGAAACUAAAUAUUAGCCUGCUAGUCUUCCUAAAUUGGGAGUGGCUAGAGGUUGCAUUAGCUAGUUAGACAUUUAGCUAGCAAACAACCUCAGAUACUCAUUCUUUAGCACCUGUCCAUAGUGAGUAUGGUAAACAACUUAAUGUUAACUCAGCCUCUAUGGGGGGAAAAAAACACUUAUUGAUGACAUAUUAAACCACGGUCCAAUUGUCAGCGGGUGUGUUUCAAUGGCUAACCGUAUCAUCAGCAGGGAUAGGAAACCGCGCGAUGGUCAGAUUGUGUAAUAUAGCUAUCUGGAUUUAUCCGAUGGGCUAAAGAUUAGCUGCCUGCCGCUAACUUGCGCGGCAUAAUAUAGCUUCUCUCGCUAUACAUUUUGAUGGGCGUGGGAAAAUAUGUUCUAGAUUGCUACUGUUGCUAUCGUCAAAUGGUUUUGGCUGUACUGUAUUGUGGCCUGUACGUAGUCGUAUUGAGUCAUUCACUGGACGUAAGGUAGCUCUGUAGAAAGAUACCAUAGAUACAUGUUUAUUUUGUCAUUUUUACGUUAUUACAGGAGGUUUUACUGAAUCAAAAGGAGAAAAAACGUCCAAAUGAAUGGCUAGCUAGCAGUGCCUAACUUAAAAUAGAAGAGCCAGCCAGACAGCGAAUAGCCAGGUUACAUGGUUUAUUAACACAACAGCCGAGGAUGUAAGACUGAAGUUAGUCAUUCUGGAUCAAGAAACCUUGUCUUUCGUCGCUGAUUGGAGUAACACUCCCAAGCCAUCAUCAAUGCCUUCAGCGCUGGCCAUCUUCUCCUGCCGUCCGAAUUCACACCCUUUUCAGGAACGUCAUGUCUACAUGGACGAGCCAGUCAGGAUCGGGCGCUCUGUGGCGCGAUGCCGACCCGCUCAGAACAACGCGACGUUCGACUGCAAGGUUUUGUCACGGAACCAUGCCCUGGUCUGGUUUGAUCACAAGACUGGCAAGUUCUACCUGCAGGACACUAAGAGCAGUAACGGGACGUUCAUCAACAGCCAGCGUCUGAGCCGGGGGUCCGAGGAGAGUCCUCCCUGUGAGGUCCUCUCUGGUGACUUCAUCCAGUUUGGUGUGGACGUCACAGAGAACACCCGUAAAGUCACCCAUGGCUGCAUAGUGUCUACAAUCAAGCUGUUUCUCCCGGACGGCAUGGAGGCUCGACGACGAUCAGAUGUCACCCAAGCACCUUUACCACUUCCUGUUGAUAAGGUUGCGGCCAACACUCCCAUUAUGUACUCUCAGGAACUCUUCCAGCUCUCCCAGUAUCUGCAGGAGGCCCUACACAGGGAGCAGAUGUUGGAACAGAAGUUGGCAACGCUGCAGUGCCUCCUGGCCACCACACAGGAGGCUUCAGAGAGCAGCUGGCAGGCUCUGAUAGAUGAGGACCGGCUUCUCACCAGACUAGAGGUGAUGGGCAACCAGCUGCAGUCCUACUCUAAAAACCAAACAGAGGAUGGGAUGCGUAACGAGCUGGUAACUCUGCAGGAAGACAAAUUCAACUAUGAGAUUACUGCCAAAGAGUCCCUGAGGAGGGUCCUACAGGAGAAGAUCGAGGUGGCCAGGAAGCUGUCAGAGGUUGAGCGAAGCCUCAGUAACACGGAGGAUGAGUGUUCCCACCUGAAGGAGAUGAAGGAGAGGAACCAUGAAGAGCUCAGAGAACUGGCUAAUAAAUACAACGGAGCCGUCAACGAGAUCAAGAACCUCACUGACAAGAUAAAGCUGGCAGAGGGUCGUCAGGAGGAGUUGACUCAGAGGGGUCAGAUGGAGAAGAAGGAACUGCAGCUUUGUAUCGAUGAGCUGGAGGAGAGGGAACAGACUCUACAGGCCCGUUUUGAGGCCUUACAGGCUGAUAACGACUUCUCUAACGAACGCCUCACUGCCCUGCAAGUUGGUUUAGAACAGCUGCAGGAGAAAAGCAUCAAGGACAAUAACAGUUUAGCUGUGAAGCAGUUGAAAGAAGCAGUGGGUUCGUCAUUGCACAAGCUGGCUAACUUUGAUGAGGUUAUAGAUGCCCACCUGCAGAACAGCCAGACAGCAGCAGGAGAGCACCUUGACAAUCCUGACAGACUCAAAGAAAACCACCUGGUUGCUAAAGACUCUGAAAUGUCCGAUACACUGAGCCCCAGCAAGGACCGCAGCAGUGACGACACGUCAGAUGGAAACAUGGAUGAUCAUGAGCUGAACGAGCCACAGAACAGGGUCGCCCUGCUCAAAGAUGAGCUGCGGAUGGCCAACCUGGAGCCUAGGGACAGAGAGCAGGUGAUUCACCACCUCCACAAAGAACUGCUGGAGACCCAGGAGUUGGCCAACACAGGCAAGCAGAAGUGUCUGGAGCUCCAGGCCUUACUGGAAGAGGAGAGGAGGAGUAACAAGCAGCAGACUGAGGAGUCAGCCAAGCAGAUCCAGUACCUACAGAGUCAAUUGGGGAAGCUAGCGGUAGACAUGGAGGAGCUGAAGGAGCAAAGAGAGAGCAGCGUCAGCAGCACACAGGAGGAGCUGUACUCGGCUCAGGAGGAGGUGCUAGUUCUCCACCACGCCAUGGAGGCCGCCACGGCCGAGAGGGAGCGAGACAUCGCCGCCCUGCAGAGGGACCUGGGAGGUGUCACGGCCGAGCUGGAGAAGUGGCGUCAGGCUGCGUCCAAAUACGAACAGGAGAUCAACUCCCUGCAGGCCACCUUCCAACAGCAGAGCCUGCACCAGCAGAGUACUAACGAUCUACAAGGGGAGGUGGAGCGUCUUCAGAAGGGCUGGUCCGGUCUGCAGCAGGAGUGUGACUGUCUCCGUUCUGAGAAGACUACCCUGGUGAACAGACUGCACAGACUGGAGACUGACCUGGACAGUUCCAGGAAGCAGACUGCCAGUCUGAGCAGCAGUCUGGAGCGUCUGGAGAAGUCCCGGGGAGAGAUGCAGAUUAGACUGGGUUCACUACAGGACCAACACCUCCAGGACGCUAACAAGCUGCAGUCACAGCUGGACCAGGCUGCUAGCAGGACACAGAGCCUGCAGAGAGAGUAUGAGGACACUCAGAACAUGCUGUGUGAUCUGAGGCAGCGUUAUGAGAGGACAGAGCAGGAGAAACGAUCCAUCAACGAGGAGCUGGAACAGUGUAAAGUUAACCUCAAACUGCUGCAGGACAAGGGCAAGAAUAGCGGUUGGAGCCCCUGGAUGCCAGUCGUAGCAGUGAUGGUAGCAGUGACUGCUGCAGUGCUUUAUCCCAACUUCUCCAAGAGCACCUCCACCUGAGACCUUACCUACUACAUGUCCUGUACCACGUCUUCUUCUGGCCUGGCAUCUCUACCUCUGCCCACACCAACCCCCUGCCCAUUUUGAUUGAUUCAUUAAUCCAUUAAUUGAUUACCUCUGGUCGGUUCCCCUACAGAAAGUCCCUCUGCUUUAAACUGUACAAAGUAUAACUGUAUAUAUAGAGAGAGAGAGAUCACGGGAAGAAGAGAAGUAGUAUUUCUACCGUAGAUAUAGUAGUAUUUCUACCGUAGAUAUAGUAUUUAUCAGCAGUUCUUAAUCAGUUUGAUGAUGGGAAUAUUAUUGGUAUUAUUAAAGUGGCCUAAAAUAGGCUUUGGUUUAGUUUUUCUGAUGGGUACCAAACCUUUAUUUUUUUAUUUUGGCUCCAGGUUGUUUUAGCUGAGUUGACUUCCUGUGUGGUUGGUUUACCAGGUUGUUUUAGCUGAGUUGACUUCCUGUGUGGUUGGUUUACCAGGUUGUUUUAACUGAGUUGACUUCCUGUGUGGUUGGUUUACCAGGUUGUUUUAGCUGAGUUGACUUCCUGUGUGGUUGGUUUACCAGGUUGUUUUAGCUGAGUUGACUUCCUGUGUGGUUGGUUUACCAGGUUGUUUUAGCUGAGUUGACUUCCUGUGUGGUUGGUUUACCAGGUUGUUUUAGCUGAGUUGACUUCCUGUGUGGUUGGUUUAUCAGAUUGGUUUAGCUGAGUUGACUUCCUGUGUGGUUGGUUUACCAGGUUGUUUUAGCUGAGUUGACUUCCUGUGUGGUUGGUUUAACAGGUUGUUUUAGCUGAGUUGACUUCCUGUGUGGUUGGUUUACCAGGUUGGUUUAGCUGAGUUGACUUCCUGUGUGGUUGGUUUACCAGGUUGGUUUAGCUGAGUUGACUUCCUGUGUGGUUGGUUUAUCAGGUCGGGGUGUUAAUGUUCUAUUACAUAACAGGGUUUAUUAUUAAAGCUUAAUCAUCAAUCUGAUUAUUCUGAGGUUACGUCCCUAAUUAAUCCCAAUUUUCUGUAUAGUGCCCUCGGCCCUGGUCAAAAGUAGUGCACUAUAUAGGGAAUAGGGUGCCAUUUGGCUGGUGUAUAGUAGUGCACUAUAUAGGGAAUAGGGUGCCAUUUGGCUGGUGUAAAGUAGUGCACUAUAUAGGGAAUAGGGUGCCAUUUGGCUGGUGUAAAGUAGUGCACUAUAUAGGGAAUAGGGUGCCAUUUGGCUGGUGUAAAGUAGUGCACUAUAUAGGGAAUAGGGUGCCAUUUGGCUGGUGUAAAGUAGUGCACUAUAUAGGGAAUAGGGUGCCAUUUGGCUGGUGUAAAGUAGUGCACUAUAUAGGGAAUAGGGUGCCAUUUGGGACUGGUCUUACGUUCAUUGUGCACACGGGGUUAAGGGCCUGUGGGAAGGAACAGCAGAGGUGUGUUUGUGAAGACAGUGCCACUCCUACAGAGGCACGUCAUUUGAACUAAAACAACAACCCAUUUAAAUAACUUUGUUGGUAGAUAACUAUGUUCAGAAGAACUUUUAUACCCCACACGAUGGUACUGUAUGUCUGUCCUGUAUGUCUGUCCUACUGUCUUGUCUCAGCUGUGUGUUGUAAACAACUAGGGACUAAAUAAUCCGAAUGUUUCAAGAGAACACUACAGAACAUGUGUCAUUAAAAUGGAAAGUUUGAUGUGCUACUUGGAUGGGUUUUUUUUUGGGGGGGGGGGGGGCAUUUUUUUGGAGCUUGUUGACUUGGAACACAGUUUGUGGUCACGGGUUUGAGAGGGUGGACACUGGAAGACAUUAUGGCCCACAAACCCCUUCAGGUUGAACGUCUGUAAAGGCUGUAAGUGGACUGAACCAAUUGUCUUCCUUUGCUUUAAACUCUAGCCUGCCUAACUCGGAUUUCUAGUCUCUGGGUUAUUGGCUCUCUGUACUCUCUGGGUUCUAGUCCCCAGCCUCAUGCUCGCAGUACUUGUUGGGUUCUAUUUCUAUUCUAGCCCCCACUACUCUCUGGGAUCUAGUCACAGACUCUGUUCUCUAUUCUCUCUGGGAUCUAGUCCCAGACUCUGUUCUCUGUACUUUCUGGGAUCUAGUCCCAGACUCUGUUCUCUAUUCUCUCUGGGAUCUAGUCCCAGACUCUGUUCUCUGUACUUUCUGGGAUCUAGUCCCAGACUCUGUUCUCUAUUCUCUCUGGGUUCUAGUCCCAGACUCUGUUCUCUGUACUUUCUGGGUUCUAGUCCCAGAUUCUGUACUCUGACUCUGUUCUCUGCAGUCUCUGGGUUCUAGACCCAUACCAGUGUGUUGGUUUUAGUCCCUAGCCAGCCCACAGAAAGCCCUCUGUAGUGUGGAUCAGAUCACUACUACAAACUCAUCAAAGGCUCUGGGAUGAUUCUGCUGCCUUACCUGUCUAUGACACGGAGUCUCCCUGUCUGUCUCCCACCUGGACUGUCUGACCAGUCUGUCUCACCUCCAGACUGAAUCUGGAGCAGAAAGCUUUAAACAUGAUGGACUGGUUGUUUUCGUAUCAUUGUGCUCCUACCCCUACUAAGGACAACACUGAAACCAGUGCCGUGUGGUUUAUAAUGGGGUGAAAGGGCAGUGGUGAACCUCCUGUGAAGAGAGACUGGAUCUGAUGAAUGGGUUAUGAGGCUGAAUGCGAGUCAGGAGGUGCUGAGAGGAAGACAACCGAAUGAACUAUGGGGUGAAGGAAUGCCUAAGGGUUCACUAACCUUUGUUCUCACUGAUUGUCUGGUUUUACCACAUUACUGCCCGUGUUGUUGCUGUCAUUAAACACUGAGUCACUCCAAGAACAAACAAGCUAUACAUCAUAUUCCACUGUGUCAAUACAUUGUCAACACUUUAACCCUGUUCUAAACCUGUUCCUGUUGAGCCACUGUAACAGUAUAACUUUAUGCCGUCCCCUCGCCCCGGGCGCGAACCAGGGACCUUCUGCACACAUCAACAACAGUCACCCACGAAGCGUCGUUACCCAUUUCACAUCCGUUACACCACCACAAAGGCCUGGACAGAACUCUUCUGUACACAGGAGGGAAGACAAACUACUAUCAAGUAGACCGGAGGAUGUAACUAUGAAGGUUAACACGUCGGUCCUUUAACAGUCAGCAGACCACCUUGAACUAGAAACCUGUAUGUGACACCUGCAGCGUUCACGUGCUAGUCUGAACUAGGAACUGGUUGAACGCAGCACGUGUGUAACUACAACCAGUUAGCAAGUUGGACAUUUCACAGUUUCCUAGUUCCGACUAGUACGCGAACGCACAAGUCUUAACACAGAGGAGUCCCUCAGUAAUUGUGUGCUACGUCGUAGGAUCAUCUGAAGGACAAGACAAAAAUAUUUCCUUUUCAUGCUUUUCGAAAUGUCAUGUUUUAACAUUGAUAUAAUUAUUGCUUUAAUAUGGAGAAGAAUUCAGUUGUAAAGCAGACACAAUGUUUCUAUGUAUGUGUGUAAAUAUAGACAUUCCAUACACAAAAUAAAAGUUGAGUAACAGUG